AAAGAAAAUAGACAUUACCAAUAAAGCUGUUGCAGAAAUUAUUUCGAAAGCCACAGAAUAUCUUCAGCCAAAUCCAGAGCUAAGCUAGGAAUGCUGAACACUGUGUCGAAGAUUCGAGGACAGGUGAAAACCACCGGCUACCCGCAGACGGAAGGCUUGCUGGGCGACUGUAUGCUGAAGUUCGGGAAGGAGCUGGGCGAGGGCUCCGCGUUCGGCAAUGCAUUGAUAGAAGUUGGGGAAUCCAUGAAGCUAAUGGCUGAGGUGAAAGACUCUCUUGAUAUUAACGUAAAGCAAACUUUUAUUGACCCACUUCAGUUACUCCAAGACAAAGAUCUAAAAGAGAUUGGGCACCACCUGAAAAAGCUGGAAGGCCGCCGCCUGGAUUAUGAUUAUAAAAAGAAGCGAGUAGGUAAGAUACCAGAUGAAGAAGUCAGACAAGCGGUAGAAAAAUUUGAAGAGUCAAAGGAGUUGGCUGAAAGAAGCAUGUUUAAUUUUUUAGAAAAUGAUGUAGAACAAGUCAGCCAGUUGGCCGUGUUUAUAGAGGCAGCUUUAGACUAUCACAAACAGUCCACGGAGAUCCUGCAGGAGUUACAGAGCAAUCUGCAGAUGCGAAUAUCAGCUGCAUCCAGUGUCCCCAGACGAGAGUAUAAGCCACGGCCCAUCAAAAGGAGUCCUAGUGAGCUCAAUGGGGUGUCCACCACCUCGUCAGCAAAGACAACAGGUAAGAUGACCGUUCUGUGUGGCUAA